AACGCUCCACAAGAUGGCGGAAACGAGCAAAGCUGCCGCCAACCCCAAGAAGAAGAACCUGACUUAGUCACGUGACACCACUCCUGUGACGGGGUUGUGGUUGGAGUUCGGGUGGAGCCGUUUCAGUCCAUCUACAUCAGCAACAUUUGAUAUUUUUCGGGUUUCCUCCCCAAACUAAUCGGAGGUUCCGCGUCUUCGUCAGAGCAGCUGGUUCUCCCCGCAGACAGGAUGACGGCCGCGGUGUUCUUCGGCUGCACCUUCAUCGCCUUCGGCCCGGCCAUCGCUCUGUUCCUGUUCACCAUCGCCAGAGAGCCGCUCAGGGUCAUUUUCCUCAUAGCAGGGGCGUUUUUCUGGCUGGUGUCGCUGCUGCUGUCCUCGCUGGUGUGGUUCAUCUCGGUUCAGAUCAGUAACAAAGAGAGUGCGGCGCAGCAGAAGGGCCUGCUCAUCUUCGGCGUGGUUCUGUCGGUUCUGCUCCAGGAAACGUUCCGCUUUGGUUACUACAAGUUACUGAAGAAAGCAAAUGAAGGCCUCCUCACCCUCAGUCAGGAGGAAACCAUGCCCAUCUCCAUUCGACAGCUGGCCUACGUUUCUGGCCUAGGCUUUGGCUUCAUGAGCGGGGCUUUCUCUGUGGUGAAUAUCCUGGCCGAUUCUGCCGGGCCGGGGACUGUCGGGAUCCACGGAGACUCGCAGCACUACUUCCUGUCUUCAGCGUUCAUGACGAUGGCCAUCAUCCUGCUCCACAUGUUCUGGGGCGUGGUCUUCUUUGACGCGUGUGAGAAGCGCUGCUGGUGGGCGGUGGGCUUGGUCGUGGUCAUCCACCUCGUCGUCUCCUGCCUGACCUUCCAGAAUCCAGACUAUACCGCCACCCUGGUUCCCGCCUACGUGAUCCUGUUUGGGAUGGGGGUCUGGGCGUUUUAUACCGCCGGGGGGUCCCUCCGAAACAUCAAGCUCUGCCUCACCUGCAAAGAUAAGGACUUCCUGCUGUCCAACCACCGACCGAGAUAACGGCGUGCUCAGCUGAGGUCCAGGACUCCAGUGCAGACGCCUGCUUUGAGCUCCUCCUGAAGCUUCAGAAGAAUCCGAGUCUGCAGCGGUCCGUUCCCACAGUGAAGCCGUCUCAUUCCUCGUCUCCGAUCUCUUUUGUUGGACUUCGUUUUGGAGGAGCAGUUCACCGUCUCUGCGACAGAAUGGAUAAAUGUUUCCUCUUUCCUUUGGGACUUCAGAUGAAGGAAAGCACCAAUCACCUGCAUGUUUCUGCUGAUCUUCAGCAGACGCUCCCACACAGCAGGCGGAGGGAAGGCUUCUCUCUGCCAUCUGUUGGGUUUUUGUAUUACCUCUGAGUUUGUGGUCGACCACUGGAGUCUGUAGAGACGCUUCCUCACAGUCAAUGUUUGUUUUCCUGAUCAACCUGCUGGAUUCACAUUAAAGAGUUCAGUGUCUCCUCCGGAUCAAUACUUUUCUGCUGUUGGUAAACUUUUCUUCUUGAACUCAUAAGAGCUGGAGUUGGAGGAAAGGUAAAAUUCUAAAGAUAUUCACAGGAAUGAGAUUUGACUUGAUGCCUCAGCUGUCAGUCAUGAGCAGGAUCAGUGAUCCCCAGAUGGAUCAGCUGAUCUCCUGUGGAUCACAGUCUCAUGAGGGCUUGUCACAGACUGACCGACAGUUUGAAAUGAUCAUCAGUGUACAUAUGGAUCAGUUCUAUUCAUCCGUAUCACUUUUGAUUUGUUAAAGAACAUCUGAAAAGUGAAUUCCUUCAUGUUCCACUUCCUGUUUAGGCUCCUUCAUACUUUAGCUCUUUCAACUAUUUGUUAUUAGAUGUUCAGCUUUAUACAUAGAUGAUGCCUUCUAAGAUUGUAAAAAUCUGAAUAACUUUACGUUUGACUAACAUUUUGAAAAUCUGAUUUUUUAUUUUUAGGAUUUGAAAAUGAAACCAGCUUCAGUGUAAAUGAAACGUGUUCAAAGCCUCUUUUUGAAAUUCACGUGUUUUUAAUAGUUGUUCUGCUGAAGGUACUUUUAGAAAAUGAUUCUUUCCUAAAGCUUAGAAGUACUGUAGUUGCAUUUGAGGAAAUCUCUCACUUUCCACCCAAAGUUUCUGCAGAAUCAAAGAUUUGUGACUCUAAAAUGGUUGAGAUGAACCUGUACUGCAUGAAUGAUCAAAUAAAGAGAGGAAUAAAUGAUGAUCUGUUGUCA